AUGCUCUAUGCCUUAAUUUGCGCAGUUCUGUCCAAUUCUAAUUCUAGGAUUUUCGUUCUUCAGUGCACCCAGGCCGACUCGGAGAUCACGGAAGGCCGAGAAGGCCAGAAGCCGGGUGAGGCCAGGGUGGCCAGGCCACUCCCGGAGUGCCGUGCACCUGCAGCGCAGGACGAUGCAGUGCCGCAAGAUCUUCCUGACCUUAAGGCAGUGACUGCAGGCGGUCCACCGUUGGACAACAUGAGCCAGACGCCCCCCAUCGCUUGUCGCCUUCAAGGGUCGGUGGCUGGCUACGAAAGCUAUGCAGGCAGCGCUCGCUUUCAAGGCGAGGUGACGCCACAGCCCGUCUCCGGCCUGGCCCAGCCCCAGGUGCAGGUCGGCAAACUCGUCCAGAAUGCUGAGAUGAAUAAGGCAGAAGGUGUUGCACUGUUCCAGUCCGGCCAGUACUACAGGGCCUACCAGGUGUGGAGAUGCAACAUCGACGAGCUGGAGGCAUUCGGCACGGACAGGUUAGGAGAGGACGGCCAGCGCACCUUUGUGGCGCUGUGCUUGAAUGCUGCGCAGGCCUUGCUGAAAUGCCCGGAGAUUGAUGGUGCUCCGACCGAGAUAGCGGCCUCGAUGGCUGACAAGGAUUUCGGGACUGUCGCAUGGGACUGUUUGGCUCACAGGCUCAGAGGCUCCGGCUCCUUUGUUCGCCUUUUCGUGAUAGCCAUGGCUCUGCUCCGAGAUGUUCCUGAUGCUGCCAGUGCUCGCUUCGAGGCCAGCACUGACUCCUUCCCCUUCGUGCCGGUGGACUGGGUCUUUCGUUUCUUCCCAUACUUCAGUCGCGAUAAGGUUCGCUUCAUGCUGCGUUACGUCCAAAUUUCCUUCUUCUCUGGUCUGGGCUAUUUCUAUCUCUGGUGCCACACACCGUACGGCUGCGACAACUACGACCACUUCGCCGAGAGUCCGCUGUUCCUGUUUGUGAAAAGUCGCUUGGAGAAGUCGGGUCAGCUUGAGGAAAACGUGCGCAUCAAAGUCCACCACUUCUAUCCGCAGACAGAGUCCGAGUAA